GCCCUUUGCCCUAGCGGGUGAUCCGGGCUGAAGACGGCCCCCUAGCUUGACCAAUGAACUGACCAUCACUGGGGGGAGGGACGUGCGGGAAUGGGCGGGACCAUCCGUAUCUAACAAACAGCCUCCAGACGCCCCUUUCCAGGUAGUGAGGAUUCUAGAUUUUUCUCCUUGGCUCUUCCCUGCUCCUGCUCAAGCACCUGCUCUCUCCCCUGGCACCUGCUGCCCAGUAGGAAGGGCGAGAACCAUCCCAGGCGGUUCAUUCUGAGGAGUCUCCGCCCCUCCUCCUGCGCUUCCUUCUCCAGAGCGCCUCUCAGGCCCCGCCCUCACCUGCCCAAGAUAAUUUUAGUUUCCCUGGGCCUGGAAUCUGGAUUCGCAGGGCUCUCUCCAUAGUCUCCCGCCUCGACAUCCAACCUGUAGAGAAGAGAGGAUUUGAAAUCAAACCCAGGUGUCUGGGAUCCCUAGAAAGAACCAGACUUUGGGCCCCGGUGUUCUGCCCCUUCUUCUGGCGAAUCCAGGACCUCGGCUUUAGCAUUGAGGCUUCGGGACAGAGUGGAGCAGGAUGAGGGGCCUGAGAGGGCACACAGAGGUUGGAGGCCGCUGGGGUGCCAUGGAACUGGAUCUGAGCCCACCUCAUCUAGGCAGCUCCCCAGAAGAUGUGUGCCCAGCUCCUGGGACCCCUCCCGAGACCCCCCCACCCCCUGAUAACCCUCCGCCAGGGGAUGUGAAGCGGUCCCAGCCUCUGCCCAUUCCAAGCAGCAGGAAACUUCGGGAAGAGGAGCUUCAGGCGACUUCCCUCCCCUCCAUCCCCAACCCUUUCCCCGAGCUCUGCAGCCCACCUUCACAGAAACCUAUUCUUGGGGGGUCCUCCAGUUCGAGACUCUCUCGGGACUCUGGCCGCCUCCAUGUGGUGAAGGUGUACAGCGAGGACGGGACAUGCCGCUCCGUGGAGGUGGCAGCCGGUGCCACAGCCCGCCACGUGUGCGAAAUGCUGGUGCAGCGAGCUCAUGCCCUGAGCGACGAGAGCUGGGGCCUGGUGGAGUGCCACCCCUACUUAGCACUGGAGAGGGGCUUGGAGGACCAUGAGUUCGUGGUGGAGGUACAGGAGGCCUGGCCAGUCGGUGGAGACAGCCGCUUCGUCUUCCGUAAAAACUUCGCCAAGUAUGAGCUGUUCAAGAGCCCCCCACACAAGCUGUUUCCAGAAAAGAUGGUCUCCAGCUGUCUGGAUGCACAAACAGGCGUAUCCCACGAAGACCUCAUCCAGAACUUCCUGAAUGCUGGCAGCUUCCCCGAGAUCCAGGGCUUCCUGCAGCUGCGGGGAUCGGGCCGGGGGUCAGGUCGGAAGCUUUGGAAACGAUUCUUCUGCUUUCUGCGUCGGUCCGGCCUCUAUUACUCCACCAAGGGCACCUCCAAGGACCCGAGGCACCUACAGUACGUGGCAGAUGUGAAUGAGUCCAAUGCCUAUGUGGUGACCCAGGGCCGAAAGCUGUACGGGAUGCCCACUGACUUCGGCUUCUGUGUCAAGCCCAACAAGCUUCGAAACGGCCACAAGGGACUCCACAUCUUCUGCAGUGAUGAUGAGCAGAGCCGAACCUGCUGGCUGGCCGCCUUCCGGCUCUUCAAAUAUGGGGUGCAGCUAUAUAAGAAUUAUCAGCAGGUCCAGUCUCGUUACCUGCGCCUGUCCUAUUUGGGGUCUUCACCCUUGAGGAGCGUCUCAGAUAACACCCUAGUGGCCAUGGACUUCUCUGGCCAUGCUGGGCGUGUCAUUGAGAACCCCCGGGAGGCCCUGAAUGCUGCCAUGGAGGAAGCGCAGGCCUGGAGGAAGAAGACAAACCACCGUCUGAGCCUGCCCACCCCAUGUUCCGGCUCAAGCCUCAGCACAGCCAUCCACCGCACCCAGCCCUGGUUCCACGGACGUAUCUCCCGGGAGGAGAGCCAGCGGCUAAUUGCACAGCAGGGCCUGGUGGAUGGUGUGUUCCUGGUCCGGGAGAGCCAGCGGAACCCCCAGGGCUUUGUCCUGUCCCUGUGCCACCUGCAGAAAGUCAAGCAUUACCUCAUCCUGCCAAAACGGGGGCUGAUUGCCGGCCCCACGGGCUGCUCCUCCGCCCGGGACCGCUCCCUGACCUGCCUUCUGGCCGCACCACAGAGCGAAGAUGAAGGCUGCCUCUACUUCAGCAUGGAUGAUGGCCAGACCCGGUUCACUGACCUUCUGCAGCUGGUGGAAUUCCACCAGCUGAACCGAGGCAUCCUGCCCUGCUUGCUGCGCCACUGCUGUGCCCGAGUGGCCCUCUGAGGCUGCGGGAGCCCUUAGGGCCCACGGGUAUGCCACCCGUCUGUUGGGUGGACUUGGUGCAGGCAGGAGGGAUGAUACACAGCUGACGAGCUCCCCCCUCCCCCAGGCCACAAACAUCCCCCAACCCUGUCCAUCCCUGACUGCUGUCCUCAAGGGAGGCAUGUGUGGCCCUCUCCCCUUUGUGGAGCUCUUGAGGGACUGUUCCAGUGAGGGGCAUUAUGAGAGAAGGAAGGGCAGCCCAGCUGGCCUCACGCCCCACUCACACUUUGUUCAGACUGAGAGGCCAGUUUGAUCUGCUCAAUUUUAUACUAGUGACAAUAAAGAUUAUUUUUUUAUACA